AUGCAAGAGGCAUCUAGUACGCUACUUGCCAAACCCAAACCCAAGGAUGAUCCAGUUGAUGAAGCUAGUUUGAGGUCUGGAAUUGGUUUGAGAUCCCACAACAAUCCAAAAGAGAGAUCCACACAACUCGAUAAUCAGGCAAAGAAGCGAUUGUCUCAACCUAACAGCAAAUAUACCACCCCUCUUAAAAUGAAACCAUCGUUACAAAGUGAAACCCAAAAACCCACUCCCUGCUUUUUGCCCACCGAGGUGCCCACCGACUGCCCACUGCCCACCGCCCCGCCCAGCAGGCCGUUCCUACCGCCCCCGCCCAGCAGUCCGACCACCGCCCAGCAAGCCAUUCCCACCGCCCCCGCCCAGCAGGCCAUUCCCCAGACCAGCAAGCCGUUCCCCUACACCCACGCCCAGGCCGAUCCCACGUCUAGCCGGCUACCCACUGCCCAGCUGGCUACCCACAGCCCAGCAGCCCACUGUUGGAAGUCGAAAUAG